AUGAAGUACGCCAGCAUCAUCAUCACCAUGGUUGGUACGAUUACCCCUGCUGUACUCUGCCUUCCCGCGACAUCUUUCACGCGACAAUUUCAGCUGCCCACAUGCGGCGCAGAAACGUGCCUCACUGCAACAAACGGGCUUUUCAAUGCAUGCGAGCCUCACAACUUGGCAUGCCUUUGCAGCAUGGAACAGAAAGGUAUCAGCGACUAUGUCACGCUCGUGCAGCCGUGCAUCGACGGCGACGCUGGUCAUGAUCUUUGCACUGAAGGCGCAAUCUACCAAUAUAAAGAUCUUCUUACCACUGUUUGCGCCGACGACUACUUUGGCAACAAGGUCGUCCAAUUUACAGAUCCCGAAUAA